AUGCCUUUUAGUUAUAAAAUUGAUAAUAACGGAAUUUUAUCAAUAAAUAAUGUUAAAAUUAAAGACUCAGGUUUAUAUGAAUGUAUUGAACAACAAAUUAAUGGUAAAACAAUUCCAUCAAAAUAUGUUUUAUUAACAGUAACACAAUUAGUACCAAGAUUUGAUGGAAAAUCAUAUCUUUCACUUCAACCAAUAUCACCAGAACAAUGGCGUGAUUUAAAUAUGAAUAUAACUAUAAAACCAUCAAUAAAAGAUGGUAUUAUAUUAUAUGUUGAAAAAAAUUCUGGACAAUAUAAUAAUCCUGAAAACUAUCAUGAAAUAAAAUUAAAAAAUGGAAAAGUUGUAUAUGAUUAUGAUAUUGGAAAUGGUAAUGUUAAUAUAACAAGUAAAAAAGAAAUACAAUUAAAUGAAUGGUCAACAAUAUCAAUAAUGAAUGAUGAGAAUAUGGCUAAAUUGAUAGUUAAUAAUGAAAAUGCUAUAAUAGCUGAAAAUGAUGGACAAAAAAUUUAUGAAAAUAUACCUUCAAGUAAUUUAAAUAUUGGUGGAAAAGAAAUUUCAACAAAAAAAUUAACAAAUGGUAAAUCAAAUGAUGUUGAAAAUUAUUUUGUUGGAAGUAUAAGUCAAUUAAUAGUUAGUAAUAGAUCAUUUGAUAUUGGAUCAAAUGUUGUUAGAAUACAUGGAACUGUUCAACAAUCAAAAAUAUGUUCACCUAAUCCAUGUAGAAAUAAUGGACAAUGUCAUACAGCAAAUGUUUUAAUGGGAUUUAUUUGUCAUUGUCGUGAAGGUUAUAUAGGAAAUUAUUGUGAAAUAAAAAAUAAUAUUUGUAAUGGAAAUUUAAAUUGUGAAAAAGGAAUUUGUUCAAUGGUAGAUAAUGAAGAAAAAUGUAUAUGUCCAUAUGGACGAUCAGGAAAAUAUUGUCAAAUAGAAGAUAAAAAAUUUUUAGAUACUUUUGUUGAAUCAAUUCAAUUUAAUGGAAAAACAUCAUUUGUUAAAAUACCAAUAAAGAAUAAAAAUGAUGAUUAUAAUAUUCAAAUGAACAUUAAAUUUUCAAAUUUAGAUGAUAAUCAAAUUAUUGCACAUAUUUCUGAUAGCGGAAAAGAAAAAAACAAAGAAUAUAUUAACAUAGCAGUUGAAGAUAACAAGUUUUCUGUUAUUCAAAGUACAAAAACUUCAAAAAAGAAGAAAGUUGACAAAACACGAUUAAUUAACGAUGACAUUCAUAAAAUUGAACUAAUUAAAAAAAAUGAUAAAAUGAUUGUGAUGAUUGAUGGAGAUAUAAUAUUGACGGGAAAAACUAAUGAUAUCAAAAAUGAAAUAUCAUUAUUAGAAGAAAAAAAUGGUUAUAUUAUCGUCGGCCAAAUUCCACCUGGUUUAUCUAGAUUUGAUUUAAAAACAUUUUCUGAAAUUGAUAGUUCUAGUUUAGAAACAUAUUCUAAUGUACCAUAUGGAUUUAAUGGUUGUCUUGUUAAUAUAACUUAUAAUGGUAAAAAUAUCCCUACUACUGAUAUUUUAGAAUAUAACUCUGGUGAUAUAAAUAAAUGUGAAACAAAAAAUGAUAAUAAUUUAUUUAAUGUUUCCUUCCAUAAUGAUGUUAAUAAUAUUUUAAAUGAAAAAAAUAAUUCUAUACAAACUAUAUUAACAAGUAGUAAGACCCUAACGAUUGAACAAACACAAAAUAUUUCUAAAGAUGGCACAUUAUUUAAUGAUAAUUUUAAACCAACAUUACAAAAUGAUACUUAUUCUGAUAUAAAUAAUUAUAGAUUACCUCAAAGUGGUGAGACUGAUGAUAGUGUUGAAAAUGAAAUUCCUAAAAAGGAAGGAAAUAAAGGAUAUGAAAAAGAUAAUGAUAAAAGUAUUUUAAAUACAAUUAAUAACAAUAUUAUAACUACAAAAAAUACACCUUUAAUUCAUAAAAUUGAAUGGAUAACUACUUCAAUACCAAUAACAGAAAUUACUUUAAUAGAUAAUAUAACUAAAGAUGUAAGUAUAGAAGAAAAAAAAUCAUCUGAAAUUGGUAUGAUAUUACCAACUGAUAGUUCGAGUACUGAAAAUACUAGUAAUUAUAUAGAACCACCAUAUAAUAAAAAUAUUGAGGAGUAUGAUGAAGAAUAUAUUAAAACAACACCACAUUUUGAUAUUCCAUCAAAUGUAGAUUCAGAAGAUGAUAUAACAGAAGAAUCAUAUAAACAUAUACAAGUAAUUGAUCGUUGUGAACAUGAUACAUGUGGUAGCAAUGGUAUAUGUGAAGAAGUCAAUUCAACACAUAUAGCAUGUUCAUGUAAAAUUUCAUUUGAUGGUCCUCGUUGUGAUAUUUUUAAACCAAUUGAAUAUGCUGCAAAAUUUAAUGGUGAGGCAUUUAUAAUGUUUUCUCCAGAGGAGUUUCCACACUUAACCUCUGAACAGAUAGAAGUAAUUGAAUUGAGAGUUAAAACAUCACAUAAAUAUGGUGUGUUGUUAUGGCAAUCUGCAACAUAUGUAUCAGGUGAAUAUCCUACUGAUUAUGUUUCAUUAGGCAUAAGUGAUGGAUAUUUAGUAUUUUCAUAUGAACUUGGUGGUGGUGCUGCUAGAAUUAUAUCACGUGAUAUUAUUUCUGAUGGCAAAGAACAUUAUAUUAAAGUUGUAAGAAAAGGUCGAAAUGGAAGUCUUUAUGUUGAUAAUUCUCCAGUCGUUAAAGGUGAAAGUAGUGGAAUUUUGGCAAUGUUAAAUGUUGAUAGUUACAUAUACCUUGGUGGAUUACCUAGACCAAUUGAAAUGACAGGUGAAAUAUUUUAUGAAAAUUUUAAAGGUUGUAUUGCUGAGUUAUCAUUUAAUGGUGAUAAAAUUGGUUUAAUGGAAAAUGCUGUUGAUGGACAAAAUGUAUUACCAUGUUCCGAAUGGCCUUCGCCUUAUGUAAGAAAACGAUGGUUUAGAAAUAGAAAAUAUAAAAAUUUAUAA